AUGUCCUUCAAUCAAUCCAAGGUGGACAAGAACGACGUCGUUUACCGAAGAACCGGACGAUCCUCAAGCUUUAACCAGCAAAGAGGUUCAUACGGCAAGGCUGGUGGCGAUGGCGGUGGAACCGUACCGUCAAACAAAUCAUUAUCUUCUAACCGAAGUUUUAACAAGAAGUCGGAUAGUGCACAAGGUGGACAGUCUAGGUUAAAUCCUUCCCAUGAAGGAUCGAUAGAGUCGAAUAAUGCAUCUGAUGCCCGAAUAAUUAAUAAUGGUACCCAUGUUCAAUCACAAUUACAUGCCAUUCCCACAAGCCUUGCUAAGGCAGGAGAUGAGUCUAAGGCAAUCCCUUUUCAAUUUGGAUCCAUCAUUCCUGAAUUUAUUAAUGGGAUGACAAUUCCUUCACAUACGAAUUCCAUUCCUCCUAAUUUGGAUGAGCAUAAGCAUGAUCAGGUUCUUGAUGACUAUUACAAAUCUGUGGCUCCGGCGUCAGUUUCUUCUGUUCCAAAGCACCAACAACGACCUAAGAAAGAUGUUGUUAAUGAGCAAUCUAAUGUUAAGGAGAUUAAAGCAAACAAGGAUUCUCAGAUGUCAGCUUUAACCUCAGUAAGUCAGAUGUCAAAGCCUUUUGAUACUCUUGUAACUGGGAUUUCAAUAUUAACUUCAUAUCAUCAACCACAGGCUCCUUUACAGUUUGGCGGUGCUAAUACACAUAUUCAAUCUCAAGCCAUUUCAACAGCUUCCCUCCAAAUUCCUAUACCGAUGCCUUUACCAAUUGGUAAUGCUACACAAGUGCAACAUCCGGUUUUUGUUCCAAGUCUUCAACCACAUCCUAUGCACCCUCAAAGGGUCAUGCAUCAAGGUCAAAACAUUAACUUUUCUCCUCAAAUGGGUAAUCAUUUGCCCCAUCAAUUAGGCAACAUAGGCACUGGCAUAGGCCGUCAAUAUCCUCUACAGCAAGGAGGAAAGUUUACUGGUCCUCGAAAAACAACCCAUGUGAAGAUAACUCAUCCUGAGACACAUGAAGAAUUAAGACUUGAUAAAAGAAUAGAUGCAUAUUCAAAUGGUAGUUCAUCUGGUGUUAGGUCACACCCUAACAUACCUUCUCAAUCCCAACCUGUUAAAUCUUUUCCAGCUCAACCAAUGAACUAUUUUUCAUCCAGCUCGUACAAUACCAACUCUCUUUAUUAUCCACCUAUAAUAAGUAGACCGAUAACUCCAAAUCCUCAACCACCAACAUUUAAUUAUCCUGUGAACCAUGAUCCACAAGGUGUGAGGUUUAUGAAUCCAUCAUCACAAGGUUCCUCGACUAAUAAUAAGCCCAGUGGUACAACUACUAUAAUGGACUCAUCGUCGUCCAAUUCUAGUACUUCUGAUUUUCAAAAUGGAGAAUCCCCAAGUUCAAUAACAUCUUGUGAUGCUAGCUCCUCUGUACUACAAGAAGGGUUAAAAACUUGUUCAAAAGAUUCCUCACAAGAGUCUAAGGUUUCUAGUGGUUUUGUCGCAACUAUGUCUAAUAAUGAAGGUGAAAGGGAAUCUCUUAGUAGUUAUAACUCUUUGGAAGAUAAGAAAUUAGAGAAGAAAGGUCAAUUAUCACAACAUCAGGUUUCCAUACAGUCUCCCACAUCAGAGCUUUCUCAAGUUGUUGAUCGUGGUAUAUCUAAUAUUGAAGUGAAAACCAAUGGGCCUAUAAAACCCUCUUCUAAUGUUUCAAUAGAAGGAUAUGGUGCACAAACUGUAUACAAAGUUCACAAUCAUAUGCCUAAUAAGACAUAUGAAGUAGUUGAAGGAAAUUCUGCCCCAUCAGAUGUGCAAGUUAUUGAUCUUCCAAAUACAACACUGAAGCAUGUUAAGAAUGGUUCAAAGAAUGUUGAUGGUGAGUUAGGUACCAAGGAUAAACCAAUUAUAGAACCAAAUAAGUUGAAAAGUUCAUCUAAAGGGAAGAAGAAAAGAAGAGAGAUACUUCAGAAAGCAGAUGCUGCUGGGUCAACUUCUGAUCUAUAUAAUGCAUACAAGGGAGCUGAGGAAAUGAAAGAGGAUGUCUUAAGCUCCGAGAUCAAGGAAAGUCUUACUACUUCUCGAAGUUUGAAGCAAUUUAAUGUUGGUCAGUUAGAUGCUAUAGAAAGUGGAAAAUGUGGUCACAAUAAAGCUGAACUUGAUGAUUGGGAGGAUGUUGCGAACAUGUCUACGCCUAAAUUGGAGAUUCCUGAUAAAUCUCAAAAUGUUGGUGAUGGACAUGGAAGUACAACAAAAAAAUAUUCACGUGAUUUUCUUCUAAAAUUUGUAGAGCAGUGCAUUGAUCUUCCUGAAGGUUUUGAAAUCACCACAGACAUUGGAGCUUUGAUGAAUACCAAUGUUGGUGGUUCUCAUAUUUUUGAGCGUGAUUCACAUCUUAGUCGAGGAAGAAAUGUAGAUAGACAAGGUGGGAUGUCUCGGAUGGAUCUUCGUGGGGAUAUGAUUAUGGAGGAUAAUAGAUGGAACAAAGUUUAUGGUACUUAUCGUUCUGGCCGUGGUCCGGAAAGCAUGGGAGGUAAUUCAGGAUUUCGAUUUGGUCAAGGAGGCAAUUUCGGUGUUUUAAGAAACCCUCGUGCACAAGCACCACCACAAUAUAGUGGAGGGAUCCUUUCUGGCCCAAUGCAAUCUGGGGGAAAUCAAGGUGGAGGAAAUAGCCUUGAUAAAGAGAGGUGGCAACGAUCCUUCCAACAGAGGGGUUUAAUUCCUUCUCCUACUCAAGCUCCUUUACAAUUAAUGCAUAAAGCUGAGAAUAAGUACGAAGUGGGUAAAGUGACAGAUGUGGAAGAAGUCAAACAGAGGCAAUUAAAAGCUAUCUUGAACAAACUAACACCGCAAAAUUUUGAUAAACUCUUUGAAAAGGUGAAAGAAGUUAAUAUUGACAAUGCAAUCACCCUCAUUGGUGUUAUCUCACAAAUCUUUGAGAAAGCUCUUACAGAACCUACCUUUUGUGAAAUGUAUGCCAACUUUUGUUUACAUUUGGCUUCUGAGUUGCCUGAUUUUAGUGAGGACAAUGAAAAAAUAACUUUCAAAAGGUUAUUAUUAAACAAGUGCCAGGAGGAAUUUGAGAGGGGUGAAAGAGAAGAAGAAGAAGCAAAUAAGGUUGAUGAGGGUGAGGUUAAGCAAUCUACUGAGGAAAGAGAAGAAAGAAGAGUUAAGGCACGAAGACGCAUGUUGGGAAACAUUAGAUUGAUUGGAGAACUAUAUAAGAAGAAAAUGUUGACGGAAAGGAUAAUGCAUGAGUGUAUCAAGAAGUUAUUAGGUCAAUAUCAAGAUCCAGAUGAAGAGAAUAUUGAAGCUUUGUGCAAGCUAAUGAGUACUAUUGGGGAGAUGAUUGACCAUCCAAAAGCCAAGGAACAUAUGGAUGCAUAUUUUGAAAGGAUGAAAUUAUUAUCAAUCAACAUGGCUUUAUCUUCUAGGGUGAGGUUCAUGUUGAAGGAUGCCAUUGAUUUGAGAAAGAAUAAAUGGAAACAAAGGAGGAAAGUAGAAGGUCCGAAAAAGAUUGACGAGGUACAUAGGGAUGCUGCGCAAGAAAGGCAUGCCCAAGCUGGUAGGUCUGGUCGUGGUCUUGGCAAUAAUCAAUCAACUAGAAGAAAUCCCAUGGAUUUUGGUCCAAGGGGAUCAUCCACGUUGUCACCCUCGAAUUCUCAAAUGGGUGGAUUACGUGGUCUUUCAACUCAAGUUUCUGGGCAUGGUGGCUAUCAGGAUUCUCGAUUUGAGGAACAACAAUCUUAUGAGGCUAAUAAGACCUUGUCAGUUCCAUUGCCUCAAAAACCUCUAGGAGAUGAUUCUAUAGUCUUGGUACCCCAAGGUGGUCUUGCUAAGGGAAUGUCUACGAGAGGAUCAACCACAAUUUCUAAUUUGUCAAUAUCUGAUGUUAUUCCUUUACCUAAAGACUCUAAUAAAAUGACUACAAGUCUCAAUGGUCAUAAUAAUUUAUCAGAGCGCACACCAUAUAGCAAGUCUUUAGAUCCAUCUACCUAUGAUCAAUCAACUUCUCCAGAACAUAAUAUAAAUCAUGGUAACAAAGACUUCAGGAGUGUUUCACCUCCUACUCAGUUGCAAAGGUCAAUAGUCUCUCAAAAUGAAUUUUCAAAGAACAUUUGGUCAGAAGAACAACUGAGGGACAUGUCCUUGUCAGCCAUAAAAGAAUACUACAGUGCUAGAGACGAGAAUGAACUUGCAUUAUGUGUCAAAGAUUUGAACUCUCCAAGCUUCCAUCCUUCUAUGGUUUCUCUCUGGGUCACAGAUUCAUUUGAGAGGAAGGACACAGAAAGAGAUCUUUUGGCCAAACUACUUGUCAACUUUGUGAAAUCUAAGCAAGGCACCUUGAGUCAAGUCCAGCUCAUCAAAGGGUUUGAAUAUGUUCUCUGUACAUUGGAGGAUGUCGUUAAUGAUGCCCCUAGAGCAGCAGAGUUUCUUGGUCGAAUUUUUGCUAAAGUCAUAACAGAGAAUAUAGCUUCUUUUAAUGAGAUUGCACAAUUAAUACAUGAUGGUGGAGAAGAGCCAGGUAGUCUCUUAGAAAUUGGACUUGCAGCUGAUGUUCUUGGAAGCAUGUUAGAGGUAAUUCAAAGUGAAAAGGGGGACAUGGUUCUAAAUGAGAUCCUUUCAAGAAGUUCUAAUUUUCAAUUGAAAACUUUCCAACCACCUAAUGGUAAAAUAUCAAGGAAGUUGGAAAAAUUUAUUUAG